AUGGGUCAAAGCCUGCUGUUCAAAUGGGAAGACUCCCAGGCGCUCAAACACCACUGUGGAUUCUGCGAGCGUCCCCUAAACCAUCCAGGCGCGAGGGUAUCUUGCUUUGGAAAGCAUAGCGAGCCGUGUGCGCGCUUCCAUCAGGCUAUGUUCAUGCGGCUUCGCGGCCAUACUUGCCAAUACUGCCUAUCAAUCGACGAGGCUCAUUACAAAAGACACCAAGACAUUGCCGAGCAGCUGCGCGCCCUGUACGAGAGUUGCAGUGAGGUCGAUUGGAAUAUCGUGCCGUCUGAACCAGACACCGCGUUGAGGGGAAGACGGAGAGAGUUUGACCGCAAUGCCGACUCGAGUGUCGAAGUUGAACAUAGAGUCAUUGGGGACACGCUAUCGUCAAAGCGUGAGAGGAAGGAGGCGAAGCGCUUGGCGAGAGCGGCGAGUAGGCCAAGAGUAAUCACCCAGGAAGAGAUACGAUAUGUCGACUCAGUUAUUCAUUCGGCGGAUGGAAUUACUAGCAAUGAUACUGACGGGCCGCGCAAUGCCGAAGAGCUUGAUGAAAUUGAGAGGCAACUUCGUUACCAUGCACAUAUAUACAACACACGUAGAAGCCGAGAUGGGCUUAAGAAGCUCGCAGAUGUUCCCAGCGACACGUCAGAUGUGGACUUCGACGCCGAGAUGGAUCGCAUUCUGGACGUUUUCCGCAUCAUCGAGCUACUCAAACGUAACACAAACACCAGAGGCCUCCAAGGCAAGGAACUCAGAAAAUUCCUAACACUUGUGGACGGCUUCAAGCGGGCCGUGGUCGAGGACAUUGUGCUGGUCAAGAAAGAUACUGCUGAGGUGCGCAUGCGGCGAGCCGGCUAUCUGAGGUACAUUCAUAGAACCUCGUAUGAUAUUUUGGAGGACAGAUAUUCAGAUAAAAACUGGAAGACGGGCGAGAAAAUCACGCCAGGAGCAAGCAGUUCCAGUAGCUUCGAGAUGAUAGUAGAGGAGCUGGAUCCAUUGCCAAGUGACGAGCAAGAAAACCAGUCUUCGACGCCCCCUUGGGUACAAGACGGUCCUGAUCGAAGGCACCUAGAGACUACACAUCCACGUGUACAUGAUGAAAACGGAAUCCAAGAAGCAACUAGCGAGUCUUACGAAAACACACCAUCACAUCUGCCACCAGAUCCAGCUCCAAGCCGAGGGCCUGUCUCGCUGAGAGUGGUGAAUACCAAGAUAUUAGAGCGACCCACAGGUCCCACGUCAUCCAGUAAGAAGGAGAAGGCUACACAAUUGACAACGGACGGCUGGAAUGUUGUAACCAAUGGCAGCUCGCCGAGAGUGCAUGUUCCUAAAUUGCGUGUCUGGGGUAAUAUCCCAGUCCAGCAGUCCCGAGUGACUCCGACUCCUCGGCAUAUCGACACUCCUGAGUCGUUGGACCAGUCUUCUGCUAUAAACACCUCAUCGAUUGGGUCCCCUGAAAUGGCGCCAGCAGUCAAAGAUCUUCCAAUCAAUACUACGAAAGAACCCGAGAGUUUUGUCGCAGAGCAAGAAGGAAUAGCCAACGCACAUCCGAUCGUCUCGCAGAAGAAGAAAUCAAAGAAGCUGCGCGAGGCAAAGCGCAAGGUUAAGAAGACAUCUGACCCAGAGGAGUCUACGGGUGUUUUGAUUGCUGACGACGGAUCUGAUGGCCAACAUAGCAGAGCAACAAAUGCACCACUCGGCGAUGCGGUUUUAGGACUGGAAACUGAAAACCAAAUUUCGGACAUGGAAGAUGAUGAAGUAGCACCUUUGAGUCAAGAAGAUGACCCCAACGGUGAGGCAUCAACGGCCGCAACCCCCAACAAAGAAUAUGUUGGGGCAUCGGUCAUUUCUCCUCCCUCUCCUGCCCCAACUACAUCGCAUGGCAAGCAAAUUCACUGGAUGAAUUUCGUACGUCACUUCACCGUUGAUCAGCUCACAAACCCCUUUCUACCACUGUGGAGUGGUUGUACAUAUGCAUCUUGGUGCGCCUUUGAAAAGAAUGGUGUCCCAGACUGUCCAUUCCACCAACCACACUGCGCCUGUGCCGACCCUACGGCGGACCAGUGUUAUCUAGUCAUGCCUAGUGAUGAGCCAUGCUCAACUGGGCCAUACAACCGUCUUCGUGGUGAGAAACUACUAGCACAGUACGAGGAAGAUGAUAGAACCAAGGGCCGUUUGAUGCUCGUGGACAAUGAUAUGGUUGAGUACCUUGUCGAAGGCCAAUCGAGCAGAGCUAUGUGUUACGACCUGGGUCUUGUACCGCCGCGUCUUGCAAAGGAGUACGCGGAAUUUGCCGACGGUUUCGAACCUGGGUCACUCAUGGAGCAGGAACGCCGAUUUGAGCGCCUCAAGUGUAGGAACGCGCUCAUGAAGCAACAGCUUACGUACAAGACGCUACGGGAGAUUCAGUGUGGAAAAAUCGAGCGAGAGGGUGCCCAAUACUUCUGCUAUUGCCGUACCACGGUGCCCCAGGAGUUGACCCCAUCUCUGCUUAAAGACCUCGUCGCCUGCUCCUAUCGGGAUUGCCCAAUGCGCUAUUUUCACAAGUCCUGUAUCAAGAAGCUGGGUGUGGAUAAAGCCUCGCGCUGGUACUGCACAUCAUGUGAGAAGGAGAUGCGGAUCCAGGCCAAUCGGAUGCUACGAAAGCUGGGCUACACGGAUAUUUCAGAUGAUUCUUCUUGCGACCACUCUCAUGCUUCGGGUUUUGACGAGUUACGAGGCCUGGCCGAUGAGAAGGUCGACCAUCUUUUGCGGCUACCCAAGAAAAUCUUGACGGAGCUAGCGUCGCAUAAGCUACGAAAUCAAAUGAAGGAUUCUGAAGAGCUUACGGCUAUGCCAUAG